AUGUCAUCCUUUCCUAUCUCUGUACCGUACUCAAGUGCAGGAUAUGAAUUCAGUCUUGGCCACACCAAAGUUGUCAACUCAGCAAAUCAACUAAUCUUUAUAUUUGUGGCCUUGCUGGCAUGCCUGCAACUGGGGUCUGCCUACAGACUGGCCUGUUACUUCGCAAACUGGGCCCAGUACAGACCGGGAAUAGCAAAGUAUACCCCAGAUGAUGUGGACCCUUGCAUGUGCACUCACCUGAUCUAUGCUUUUGCUGUUAUAAACAACAAUAAAAUUGUUACCUUUGAAUGGAAUGAUGUGACUCUCUACAAAUCAUUUAAUGCGCUGAAAACCAGGAAUGUAAACCUUAAAACUCUUCUCUCUGUUGGAGGCUGGAACUUUGGAACUCAAAAAUUUAGUGCUAUGGUUUCCACAGCUGCAAAUCGGCAAACGUUCAUAAAAUCAGCUAUCAGCUUCCUGCGUAAGUAUGGGUUUGAUGGUUUGGACAUAGACUGGGAGUAUCCUGGGUCAAGAGGAAGCCCAGCACAAGACAAGCAUCUCUUCACGGUCUUAACACAGGAACUGCUAGCAGCUUUUGAAGCAGAAGGGAAAAGUACUGGGAGACCACGACUGUUACUUUCAGCUGCGGUGGCAGCUGGAAGACCUACGAUUGAAACUGCCUAUGAGAUUCCUCAGCUGGGACAAACCCUAGACUUUUUCAAUGUGAUGACGUAUGAUUUCUAUGGACCUUGGAAUAGCUUCACUGGAGAAAAUAGUCCUCUUUAUGCUCUCCCUUCUGCUCAAGGCGGUAAUAAAUACUUCAAUAUGGCCUAUACCAUUAACUACUGGAAGGAUAAUGGAGCUCCCGCAGAGAAACUGAAUGUUGGUUUCGCAGCUUAUGGUCACUCAUUCAGACUGAGUACAUCGAGCACUGCUGUCGGUGCCCCAGCCAGUGGUGCUGGACCAGCUGGGCAUUAUACACAACAAUCCGGUUUUCUGGCUUACUUUGAGAUCUGCCUCUUCUUAAAGGCUGCCACAGAAAAAUGGGAUUCUUCACAGAUGGUUCCUUAUGCCUAUAAAGGAAAUGAAUGGGUUGGAUAUGAUGACCCACAAAGUUAUGAAGACAAGAUCAAAUGGCUGAAGGAAAACAAAAUUGGGGGAGCAAUGGUAUGGACUCUUUCGCUGGACGACUUCAGUGGCACUUUCUGCCACCAGGGACAUUAUCCUCUCAUCAGUAAAUUACACAAUGGUCUUGGAAUCAAUCCAGAAUGUGCGGCUUCCCCUCUUCCUAGCACUGCUGUUCCUCCUCAUCCCAACACUAAUGCUCCUUCUGGGGGUAACUCAAAAUUUUGCUCUGGCAAAUCCAAUGGUUUUUAUCCUGACAACAAAAAUAAGAACAUCUAUUAUGAAUGCGUUAAUGGAGUGACCUACGUGAAUAACUGUGCAACUGGAUUAGUCUUCGAUCCCUCCUGUGAUUGCUGCAACUGGCCUUGAAAUAAAGCAGCCUGAAUAGGUUCGCAGCAAUGGAUGUCUAACUGACCUGCAGUUUGAUCAAUGAAAAUAUCACCUCUUGGAGCAAAUUUACAACAAACAUCAACAAAGAAUUUUGUUAUGUUAACAUAAUAAUUGAAAAAGAUAAAUAAAAUAACUUGCAAAUCUA